AUGGCGGAGGGCUCAGUGUCUGUAGCAGAGGUGGAGACCUCCUUCCAGAAGUUUGCAGUCCAUGGAGACACAAAAGCCACAGGGAAGGAGAUGAACGGCAAGAACUUUGUGAAGAUCUGCAAGGACUGCAACAUCAUCGACGGCAAGAACGUCACCACUACAGAUGUUGACAUAGUUUUCAGCAAAGUCAAGGCGAAGUCAGCUCGCGUAAUCACAUUUGAGCAGUUCAACCAGGCCCUGACAGAGUUGGCUCCCAAACGUUUUAAAGGCAAAAGCAAAGAGGAGUCGCUUCAGCAGCUCUACGGUCUCAUUGUUGGUAAGGAGCCUGCCAACGUCGGAGUCACUAAAGUGGCAAAGGCAGCAGCAGUGGACAGACUGACUGAUACCACCAAGUACACCGGAGCACACAAGGAGCGGUUUGACGAGUCAGGCAAAGGAAAAGGAAAAGUCGGGCGCGAGGACCUCCCAGACAAAAGUGGCUAUGUGGGAGCUUACAAGGGCAGCGGCACUUAUGAGGAAAAAGUUAAAGAGGCAUAA